AAUAAUUUUAAAUCAUAAUUUAAAAUUUUAAUAAGUAGAUAUUUUUUUUAAAAAAAUAAUAAAUAGUAAAACAAUAUUAUUAAUUUAUAUAAUGAAUAAUUAAAAACAUAAAGGUUGGCGCAGUAUGUAACUUUGAAUUUGCACACAAACGAGCUUUCCAUGUUUUUUGGUCACUCCGAAUAGAACGCAGGCAUCAUCAAUGGAGGAUAACACUUAUGAUCCAGUAAACGAUUCCUCUCAUUCUCAUUACAUUGUUUCGUCAAUUUUAAAAUUUACGAAAACUGCUAUUUUAAUCGUCCGUUCUUCGCUUUGCCCUAAACAGGAAUUGAUUCGCGCGAUUUUCAGACAAGUUUGGGAAAGACGAGCUGCCGAUCGGGAGAAGAAUCAAAUAUCAGAAACUGAAGCUGAGGCAGGACCCGGACCAAGCACAUCCAAGAAAAGCAGGCUUACUUGCAUCACGGCAAAUCCACUGAAGCUGAGCUGUGAACUCCUUCGUGUUUUUGUGACAGAGGCUAUUCAACGAGCAGCUGCUAUUGCUGAAGCAGAGGGUUCUCUUAAAAUAGAAGCAACUCAUCUAGAGAGGAUACUUCCCCAGCUACUUUUAGAUUUCUAAGGUGUGUUAGAUGUUAGAGCCAGGCAUUUCCUUGUUUUAACAAAGUAAUGGUAGGGAACAUACACAUCCAUGUGCGC